CGUCAUCAGCCAGCGCCCGGGAGGCCCUUAGAUUCCGAAGCACGCAGGCGUCUGCUGCCAGCAGAGGGGCCCUGCAGGAGCCACGGUCUGCGCUUUCCGGCGCCGCUAUGCAGGUCUCCAGCCUCAACGAGGUGAAGAUUUAUAGCCUCAGCUGCGGCAAGUCGCUUCCUGAGUGGCUUUCUGACAGGAAGAAGAGAGCACUACAGAAAAAAGAUGUCGAUGUCCGUAGGAGAAUUGAACUUAUUCAGGAUUUUGAAAUGCCUACUGUUUGUACCACUAUUAAGGUGUCAAAAGAUGGACAGUAUAUUUUAGCAACUGGAACAUAUAAACCUCGGGUUCGAUGUUACGACACCUAUCAAUUAUCUUUGAAGUUUGAAAGGUGUUUAGAUUCAGAAGUUCUCACUUUUGAAACUUUGUCUGAUGACUAUUCAAAGAUUGUUUUCUUGCAUAAUGAUAGAUACAUUGAAUUUCAUUCACAAUCCGGUUUUUACUACAAAACCAGAAUACCAAAGUACGGGAGAGAUUUCUCUUACCAUUAUCCAUCCUGCGACUUGUACUUCGUUGGCGCAAGCUCUGAAGUUUAUAGAUUAAAUUUAGAGCGAGGACAGUACCUGAAUCCUCUGCAAACUGAUGCUGCGGAGAAUAAUGUUUGUGACAUAAAUUCAGUUCAUGGCUUGUUUGCCACAGGAACAAUAGAGGGCCGAGUGGAGUGCUGGGACCCAAGAACGCGACACCGAGUUGGCCUCCUUGACUGUGCGCUGAGUAGCGUCCCAGCAGAUGCCGAGAUAAACAGUUUACCAACAAUCUCUGCUUUGAAGUUUAAUGGUGCCUUAACCAUGGCAGUUGGAACAUCUACAGGGCAGGUCUUACUAUAUGAUCUUCGAUCUGAUAAGCCAUUGCUAGUUAAGGAUCACCAGUAUGGACUGCCCAUUAAGUCAGUUCAUUUCCAGGAUUCAUUAGAUUUGAUUUUGUCUGCAGAUUCUCGAAUUAUCAAAAUGUGGAAUAAGAACUCAGGAAAAAUAUUUACUUCCUUGGAGCCGGAACAUGACAUUAAUGAUGUCUGCCUCUAUCCUAACUCAGGAAUGCUUCUUACUGCCAAUGAAACCCCCAAGAUGGGCAUCUAUUACAUUCCAGUUUUGGGCCCUGCUCCCAAGUGGUGUUCCUUCUUAGACAACUUGACAGAAGAAUUGGAAGAGAAUCCAGAAAGCACAGUUUACGAUGAUUACAAAUUUGUCACCAAGAAAGAUCUUGAAAAUUUAGGGCUCACACAUCUCAUCGGCUCACCUUUUCUCCGGGCAUAUAUGCAUGGAUUUUUCAUGGAUAUAAGACUCUAUCACAAGGUGAAAUUGAUGGUAAAUCCAUUUGCUUAUGAAGAAUAUAGGAAAGAUAAGAUCCGGCAGAAGAUCGAAGAAACACGUGCACAGAGAGUCCAGUUAAAGAAAUUGCCAAAAGUUAACAAAGAGCUGGCACUUAAAUUAAUCGAGGAAGAAGAGGAGAAGAAAAAAUCUACAUGGAAAAAGAAAGUUAAGAGCCUUCCUAACAUACUCACCGAUGAUCGAUUUAAAGUUAUGUUUGAGAAUCCUGAUUUUCAAGUAGACGAAGAGAGUGAAGAAUUUAGGCUUUUGAAUCCACUUGUUUCAAAAAUUAGUGAAAAAAGGAAGAAGAAACUAAGACUCUUAGAGCAACAAGAACUUCGUGAAAAGGAAGAGGAGGAGGAACCGGAAGGAAAGCCAAGUGAUGCAGCAAGUUCCGAGAGCUCCGAUGAUGAGAAAGGCUGGGUUGAAGAGGUCAGGAAGCAGCGCCGACUGCUCCAGCAGGAGGAAAGGGGGAGGCGGCGGGAGCAGCGGCGGGAGGACCAGCAGACGGUCCUCCAGCCCCAGUUCUAUGAGAUCAAAGCUGGAGAAGAAUUCAGAAGCUUCAAAGAUUCUGCCACAAAGCAGAAGUUGAUGAAUAAAACCCUCGAAGAUCGUUUGAAACUUGAAGCAAAAAAUGGGACAUUGAGUGUAUCAGACACCAUGGUUGGCAGCAAACAAUUGACCUUCACAUUAAAGAGGGAGCGAAAGGGGGAAGAAGGGCAGGAAAGCAUGGAGACCAGCUGCUUGGCCCGUAAGCGCCUUGUAGAGUGA